CCGGUGUCCCCCAUGAAGAAGUCUCUGUCCUUCUGUCCGUCUCACAGCUCGGAGUCCGGAUGGUCCGCCGUGACCAGAGACGACGGAAACUCAGCGGACGACAGACCUGCUGACCCAGGUGAGCCUCCUCCUCCUCCUCCUCCUCCAGAAGCUCCCGCUGCUCCUCCAGAACGACCUCCGACCCCUGAGCCCGAAUGCCCUCCACCCAAAGCAGCGGCUGCCACCAAGACAGCAACCAGGAGCUCCUCUUUAGACACGUUGAGACAGAGGCACAGAGGCAAGGCUGCUCUGUCCAGGAGAAAGGACAGGAAAGCAACAAAUCUCGACAAGCGGAUCUCUGGCAGCCCGUGCGCCGCGCUGCGGCGGCCUCGCCUCCUGACUCACUGGAUGUACCGCUGCCGGUGGACGCUCCUCUGCACCUACCUCGUCGCUCUUUUCUGCGUCCUGUCGAUGACUUUCUUCCUGUGGAAACUUCAGGACGGAGCAUCCGAACCCUGAUCUGGAAAAUCACCUUCAUGACUCUGAACGUUGUCAUUCUAUCUUCCAAAAACGC